AGUGUAAAGCUGUAGCCAUUAAUUUCAACCGAAAAACAUUUUAAGCUUCUUUUUUUAAGCGUUAAAUCUAGGUGAAGUUCCGUCAUACAUUACGAACUGUGCUUUUUCACCUGUGUUCACCUGUAGGGGGCAGUAAACUCUCACUCUGCGCCGAGUUAAACGGUUCGCAAUUCUCGCGGUUGUCCUUCGCUGCUUACCGUAGUCACUGAGAAAACAUGGCAUCGCACACAAGUAAGGCAUUUCUGUCCCUAGGUCGAAUUAAUGUUUCUGGUCUUGGACUUCAGAAAUCCGUGAGCAGACUCACAUAUGGGACCCAGGCGCCUGCAAAGUCUUCUGUUGGAAAAAAAGAUAGAGGUGGUAGAGGACCAAAAACAGCCAACAGGAAAGUUGGUGGGAGUCCCCGGACAGAAAAGAUGCCGCUGGAUCAGGACUGGACUGCAGUUUAUCCAGCUGCAGCCACCUUCAAAGCCGGCUCCGUCCCCCUGCCUGUGAGGAUGGGCUACCCUGUGAGGGGGGGCGUUCCUCCAGAGAAGACCGGCAACUUGGAGCUGAUCAAGAUACCAAAUUUCCUGCAUUUGACCCCGGUAGCCAUCAAGAAACAUUGUGAAGCUCUGAAACCCUUCUGUACAGAGUGGCCCUCCGUCUUGGACACGGACGCCAAAUGUGAUGAGAACUUCCCCAUCAAAAUAGAAAGUUCAGACUAUGUGUCUGCCGGCUUGACUUUAAGAAACCCUGCAGCUCGUGUUGUUCAUCUUAAAGUUAAGCUGUCCGAUCUGAAUCUGGAUGACCAUGCACGCAAGAAGAUGAUUAAACUUGUUAAGGAAAGAUAUUGCAGUGAUACUGAUAUCCUCACUAUCAAAACCGACAACUGCCCAUUGAAACAGCAGAACUAUGACUAUGCCAUGUACCUGCUAACUGUCCUCUACCACGAGUCUUGGAAAACCGAGGCCUGGGAGGCAGAGAAGACUAGAGCAGACAUGGAGGAGUACAGCUGGGAGGACAGCCCGUCCCAAAGUAACAUCUUGAACAUGCUGGUGCGCAUGAAAGUGGCCGGGGAAGGAGAAGGCGAGGAGGUGCGAGAGCAGCUGCUGGGACGAAAGGAGGUGCAGGAGUACAAGGACUCUAUGACAAGGUUGAAGAAUGAAGGAGAUAACGACAGCACCAUGCUGCAGUACAAGGAGGCUGUGAAGAAGGUGCUCAACCUGUAAGACUGCUUCAUAUACAAAUAUAUUCAUAUGAAGAGGGUGACCAAGAGCAGUAGGGACCUCAAAAACAUUCACGGCCUCAUGUAUCAUAUUGGACUCCAUCUAUGUACACAAAUCAGAUUACUGAAGACAAUUACUGUUCCAUUAUACACGAGGACAUAACAACCUCAAGAGUCUCAACGUAUGUAUUUAUUUUCUAAAAUACUGUGAUGCCAACUGUACGAUGCUGUCUUUAAUACAAAAAUAAAAGCCUGAUGUAUGCUG